UUAAGCAUUCGAUACAGUGCCAGACAGGUAACCCAGACCCAGUGAUCGAAACCCAAACCCGAGAAUGGCGACUGGCGAAACCCGAGCGAAGAGUCUGGAUCUCCUGCCGCCGGCAAUCCUCGCCACCAUUAUGACGAAGCUCGACGUUGGAUCGAUCUGCUGCGCUGCGUCCACGUGUACCGCCUUCAGGACCUGCGCCUCUCAGAUCCUCUCCUUCCUCCCCACCUUCCACCUCGUCGACAUUGCUCCUUCAAUAGAUUUGCUGCGGCCUCUGUUGCAACCGUCAAACCCUUACCUGCGGAGCUUGAAGGUUGACUGCGAUCGCCUUAACGAUUCCGCAAUCGAGCUCUUGCUUCGUCCUCCAUUGCACGAACUUUGUCUGCACAACUGCACUGAUUUUAGCGGGAAACUGCUUUCUGAGAUUGGCAGGAGAUGCCGGGAUCUAAGGUCUCUCUGCUUGGGUUCAAUGUCCGAAUAUAGAGUGCAGGCGAUUGAUAUUUCUGAUUUGAAGGAGUUGCUCCAUGGUUGCACUCAGCUAGAAGCACUGAACCUGAUGUUUGAUGUUUCACUAUUUCUUCAUCAUAACUCUGCUCAAGUUUGGGCUUUGGCAUCUGAAAAACUCACCACUCUUGAGAUCGGCUACAUUCCUUCAGAAACGGUGACUGAGAUGCUUAACCCAAUGUUGGGACCCCAUGAGUUGCCAAAUCAUAUUCAACCAUCCAUAUUGUCUAGCAUUCAGAAAUUGGGCCUAUCAGUAGAUUAUAUAACUGAUGCCAUGGUUAGUAUUAUAUCUCAAGGUUUAGUCUCCUUAACCCAUUUGGAUCUUCGUGAUUCACCAUUAACUGAACCAGAAGUCGCACUUGACUUAACCAAUGCUGGCCUUCAACAACUUAAUCGGUAUGGGAAACUGAAGCAUCUCUCAUUGGUCCGGCGCCAGGAGUUCAUUGUUACAUAUUUCAGACGGGUAAAUGAUGUUGGAGUCCUCUUCAUGGCUGAUAAGUGUGCAGACAUGGAAAGCAUAUGUCUUGGUGGCUUUUGUCGUGUUACAGACACAGGUUUCAAAACAAUCUUGCAUUCAUGCUCCAGAUUAUACAAGCUUCGGGUGUCUCAGGGGACCCAGUUAACUGAUCUUGUUUUUCAUGACAUCACUGCAACUUCCCUUACUUUGACGCACGUUAGCUUGAUAUUUUGUAAUCUUUUGACCAAUCACGCAGUCAUGAAUUUGGUAUUCAACAAGGAUAUUAGAGUUCUUGACUUGAGAAAUUGCAAAAACCUUGGGGAUGAAGCGCUUCGAGCCAUCAGCACUCUUUCUCAAUUGAAGACUUUACUGUUGGAUGGCUCUGAUAUAAGUGAUGUUGGAUUGUCAUACUUGAGAUGGGGGGUUAUUGGUUCGCUUGUUAGAUUGUCCAUUAGACGGUGCAAGCGACUUACAGAUAAAUGCAUUUCUGCUUUAUUUGAUGGUUCCUGUAACAUGGAAUUGCGAGAAUUGGACCUAUCAAAUGUUCCUAACCUUUCUGAUAAUGGAAUUUUGUUACUGGCAAAAAGUCGGGUUCCAUUCUCUGAACUUCGAAUGCGGUGUUGCCCACUCAUAGGCGAUACUGCUGUAAUGGCAUUAGCCUCAAUGCAGGUUGAUGAGGGCAUAUGGCAUGGUAGCAGCUUGAGGUUGCUGGAUCUAUGCGACUGUGGUGGCAUCACACAACUUGCAUUCCAUUGGUUAAAGAAACCUUACUUUCCAAGGUUGAGAUGGUUGGGAGUUAGGGGAAGCGUGAAUAGAGACUUGGUAGAUGCCUUAGCUAGGAAUAGACCAUAUUUGCAUGUGGAAUGCCAUGGUGAGGAGCUGGAGGCUGAUUGAUGGGAUCAGUCGGAUGGUUUGUGGUUCGUACAUGCUUGCUUGACUUAUGAUUAGGUGCAUGACCAUGUUGAGAUGAGAGUGAGUAUGACGAAGAAGAAAUGGGGGAUGCUGAAAACAAUGUCUAAUUAGUAGUGUACAAAAAUAAGUUUUUUGUGUGUAUUUAGGCAUGCCUGUGACAUUAUCUUUUGCUAAUAAUGUUAAUAUGUAGAGGUGUAACUCUUU